AUGCCUCUUCCAAAGUCAAAGAAAACUGCAGGUCUCGGAAAAGCUAUUAUUCGUGAUAGAUUUAAAGGAAAUACGCGUCCAAGAGAUGGUGAUACUACUCUGCAUACAACAAACUUAGACGACGGCCCAAGUUGGACAAAGCUACGCUCCAUCACUCAAGAACGCGAUCUGGACGAGUUUUUAAAUACUGCCCAGUUGGCAGGAAUCAAUUUUACCGCAGAAAAAUUGAACAUUACCGUUGUGACAAAUACGUAUAAUAACCCCUUUUUACUUGACGCCGAGAAAGAACGGGAGACACUUAAAAGACAUGCGGCAAAUAAAGAUAAAUUAACCAUUCCACGACGACCUAAAUGGAAUAAGACAACCACCGCCGAGCAACUAGAGUAUCAAGAGAAAAAUGCCUUUCUAAAAUGGCGACGCAAAUUGUCCUAUCUACAAGAACAAGAAGAAUUCCUCUUAACACCAUUCGAGAAAAAUCUCGAAGUCUGGCGACAACUCUGGCGUGUCAUCGAACGUUCACAAUUGAUCGUCCAGAUUGUGGACGCGCGAAAUCCGUUGUUCUUUCGUUCGACAGAUCUAGAAAAAUACGUGAAGGAAGUGGAUUCAAACAAAAAAAAUGUUUUGUUGGUAAAUAAAGCGGAUUUGUUGACGGAUAAGCAAAGACAGAUUUGGGCAGAUUAUUUCGAAUCACAAAAUAUAAAAUAUAUUUUUUUCUCGGCUAUUCUUGCGCAAGUUGAAAAUUUUGAGAAUGUACCAGCAAAAGAAUUAGAUGAUGAAUCUAUUCAAAAAGAAUCUUUAAAGACCGAAAACGAAAAUGAUGAAAGCAAGACAAAGGUUGUCAAUCCAGAGCAAGUUGUAUCUCAGGGAAUUUCAACGACUUCAAUAUUGACUACCGAUGUUCCCGCUCACAAAAUUAAUAAAGACAAUGUUUUACAAGCUUCAUCACCAAUUCUCGAAAAUGAAGUUUCAAGCAAAGAUGAUGAGCUUGAAGAAGAUAUAGAUAACAACAUGGAACAUUUAAGUAUUAAUCAAGAGAAUAUCCUCAACGUGCACGAAAACGAUAUAUCACUUCAACCUUUAAGAGAUGAACGAAUUCGAAUUCAUACAACUUCUGAUUUAAUAUCUUUGUUGGUUGCAGAAGCAAAUGAAAUUGAAGGUACCGCUCAAACAGAUGCUCCCCAAAAGCUCACGAUUGGUCUUGUUGGUUAUCCGAAUGUCGGGAAAUCAUCAACGAUUAAUGCACUUUUGGGCCAAAAACGCGUAUCAGUAUCAUCGACACCCGGUAAAACUAAACAUUUUCAAACCUUACAACUCUCAUCAACGUUGACAUUAUGCGAUUGCCCCGGGUUGGUAUUCCCAAAUUUCGCUACGACUAAUGCCGAUAUGGUGUGUAAUGGCGUGUUACCAAUUGAUCAGUUGAGAGAGUUUACUGGUCCCGCGGCAUUAGUAGCUCAGCGAAUCCCACGAAAAGUUCUCGAAGCAAUUUAUGGAAUAACGAUACGCACUAAAAGUUCAGAUGAGGGUGGAGAUGGCGUUCCAACCGCUGAAGAAUUGUUGACUGCUUAUGCUAUCGCUCGAGGAUUCACAAAAGCUGGUUUUGGAGAACCUGACGAAUCACGCGCAGCGAGAUAUAUAUUGAAGGACUACGUAAAUGGUCGGCUCCCUUUUUGUCAUCCACCACCUGAUACAAUACCAGCGCGUGAAUUCAACGCAGAAUCACACAACAUUGACCAUUUUCUAAAACUAAAAAAAAAAUCAACGGGUGCAUCAGCAGAUACUAAAAUCGAAAAAGGAGCUGAUAUCUUUUCUUUAGGGACAUCAUUAUCAACGUCAGACAAUAGUGUUUCUAUGACUGGAGAGAAAGCCCAAGUUUUAGACAAAUCAUUCUUUAGCAAACCGCCAACUGCUAGUGUGCAAGUUAAGGGCAACAAAUUUGCCUCAUUUAAUAGCAAUAAUGGUUUUCAUCGAGUAAACAUUUACCCGUUACAUGGGAAAAUUGCCGACGAUGGGACAUUAAUAGAUACGAAAGAGGGAUUUACGUCAUCACAAUUUUCUAUAGCUCAGAAUUUGCUUUUAUCGCCUGCCAUUGGGAAGAAACAUCAUAAGAAAGGCAAAAAAAAUGUUAAGAAUAGAAGUAGGUCCGGUUAUGAAUAA